UCUCUCUCAAUUUUCUAUAUUUGUCUAUUUCCCUUCUUGAUUUCUUGCUCUCUCCUUGAAAAAUGAGCACCAUUUGUGCUGAUCAACACAAGCUUUAUCCCUCCCACCAACUCUUUUCUUCUUCUUCUUCUUCUUCUUCUUCUUAUUACAAGAAACCCUUCAAAGACCUUGAAAUCCCUCCAAGGAAACUCCUCCUCACAAAGAAAGCCUUCCAAGAUUCCCCUGAUAAUAUUAUGUCUCCUUAUUAUGAGCCUAACCUCCAUAACUUCCUUCAUUAUAAUGACCCCAUUGAUUGUGAUCAUGGUCAUGUUCAUGAUCAUCAUUCUCGCGGCAAAGUUGCUGAUGAGGACAUGGAUCCUUACUCCUCUGAUAAUUUUCGCAUGUAUGAGUUCAAGAUCCGUCGCUGCACUCGCUGCCGCAGUCAUGACUGGACUGACUGCCCUUUUGCCCACCCUGGUGAAAAAGCUCGCCGGAGAGACCCCAGGAAGUACCAUUACUCUGGAACCGUUUGUUCUGAGUUUAGACGUGGUGGUUGUAGCCGUGGAGAUAGCUGUGAGUUCGCUCAUGGUGUGUUUGAGUGCUGGCUUCACCCUUCUCGCUAUAGAACUGAAGCUUGUAAAGAUGGCAAGAACUGCAAGCGAAAGAUUUGCUUCUUCGCUCACUCUCCUCGCCAACUUCGUAUUCUCCCCGAGGCUUCUUGCGUGGGUGGAAAAUACGAUGAGAGCUUGGUGACUUGUUCUCUUAACCAUGGACAUUGUUGCUGCUUGGCUUGUCAUUCUGUGAUUUCCUCUCCUACCUCUACUUUAUUGGGUAUAUCCCAAAUGUCGCCGCCAGUGUCUCCUUCAUUGUCACCGCCUCUUUCGCCGAUGAAACAGAGGUCAAUAAGUGGGCUUUCGCAAAAUUCUCGAUUCGGUGAUCGUUUGAGCAAUCUUAGGUCUGGAAUCGUGAGCUAUAAAGAUGUGCUGGCGGAGCUAAUGACUUCUUUGGAUGCCAUGAAUUUGAAUAACGAUGCAGCAGCUGCUGCUUCUUCACUCAUUUCCUUUUCUGCAGCCAAUAACAGAAAUAUGAACAUUCCCUGCAUUGGCGAAGAUCAUCAUCAACAGUUGAUUCUUUCACCUUCAACAACAGAGCCUCGCGGUGGGUCAAGGAAUUCUUUCAAUGGAAAUUAUUCAAGCAAGGGAUCUAUUGAUGAAAAGAUUAAAAAUGACGGUAAGAAUGGAGGUCCUGGUCCUGAUCCUGAUUUGGAUCUUGGAUGGGUGAACGAGCUCUUGAUGUAG